AUGUGCAUACUUGUGCUACUUGAAAUUGCUACAACUGACAAACAUUCGUGGAUUUAUAAGGUGCUGCCCUGGUUCAGUCUUAAGGGCUUGCCUCCCUGCGGGUGCAAUAGAUGUGUUACAGAGGACGAUGAUCCAUGGUUUACGAAACGCUUCGACGCGUCUCUCAAGACCUUUUUGACGCGGAACAACACUCUCUCAGAGCGUGAUUUCAGAUGGUGGAAGAACUUGCAAUUUGGCAAUAAGGCCUUUCUCAGCUACAGAGUGGCCGAGCUGAAGGUGUUUGAGAUUUUUCCACAACAGGAGAGCUUCAUGGACUCCAGCCCUGAACGCUGCAGGACCUGUGCUGUGGUUGGGAAUUCAGUUAAUUUGCUGGGGUCUCAAUAUGGACCCCUCAUCGACUUUCAUGACGUCAUCAUGAGGUUCAAUACAGCUCGUACUGUGGGCUAUGAAGGGGAUGUGGGGAACAAAACGACUCUCCACAUCAUGUACCCAGAGAGCGCUGUGGAUUUGGAUGACCACACACAUCUCAUAUUAUUUCCCUUCAAAAUAAGGGACCUUGAGUGGCUAGUCAGCGCUUUCACCACAAAAUCUGUGAAAAUGACAAACAAAGGGUUGAAAUCAACAGUCAAAGCAAAUCAGGGUUUGGUAAAGGUUCUCUAUCCUGGAUUUAUCCAAUAUGUCCAUGAAAACUGGCUGGGAAAAAAAGGAAGGUAUCCAUCCACUGGCUUUAUGGGCGUGGUGCUUGCAAUGCACAUUUGUGAUGAGGUCAGUGUAUUUGGAUUUGGGGCAGACAAGAAUGGAAACUGGAGACACUACUGGGAGGAGCUUCGAAACAAACAUUUUGGAACUGGACCCCAUGGUGGAGGGCAAGAGUACAAACGUAUUCUGGAACUAGCAAAGAGGAAAAAGCUGAACUUUUAUCGAGGGUUUUGA